CAAGGCCUUGAUGCCUUGAUGCCGACCUCGCCAGCUACCGGUGGUACAGUACCUUCCCCCACUGAAGUAGUGCCGGAGGACUUGGAUCUUGUCAAAAGCUCAAUGGCGAAGUAAAUAAAUGAGGCAUGCCAAUCCUGUCAAAUUUACAAACGAUACCCGCAGACAUUGUAGGCAAGCCAAACGUAUACAGGAAUCCAAUCGCAACUACUCAAUAGCUACCAAUAAUACUGCUAGUAACCAUGCUUCCAUUUGAUGCCCACAACCAUGUCCACAUGGGACCCUCCCCUCCGAUCCAGGCAUUGCUGCCAUCCAGCGCAACUGCAGAGAUCUUGCCUACUUGUUGUUGUUGUUUGAGUGGCAUGGCCAUCAUGUCCACACAUCCACGUGAUUACCAGACUGUCUUGAGUCUAGCCAAAGACCUUCCAAGCCAAGUUGCAUCUUCAUCAUCCAGCACAUCCAUUGUCCCCUGUUUGGGAGUCCAUCCAUGGUUCCUGCAUGAAUUGUCGUUACAAGACUGGCAAGUAGACGACAACGACAACAGCAGUUUGCCCACAUGGAUUCAAGAGUUGGAGGCGUUGCUGGUGGCCAACCCACAUGCCAUGGUGGGAGAAAUUGGUUUGGACGGAUUUCAUUUUGAUCCCACCACCCAGCAACUCACGUCGCCCAUGGAACGCCAAGUCGAAGCAUUUCGGCUGCAACUGGAACUGGCGGCUCGAUUGGAUCGUCCCGUCAGUAUUCACACGGUACAAUGUUUUGGACCCUUGUUUGCCGUAUUGAGUCAAUUCUCCUCUUCCAACAAGAAACGCAAAAAGAAGAAACAAUCGCUCCCACCCAAACUUUACUUUCAUGCGUACGGGGGCAAAGCUGCCACGGUAGAGCAAAUACUGGCACUGUGUGGGAGAGAAAUUGGAAGGGUUUAUUUUGGGUUUGCACCCAUUAUCAACUUUCGAUCCCCCAAGACACUGAAUGUCAUUCAAAAAGUGGGGAUUGAACGACUCGUCUUGGAGACGGACCAUGAAGAUGCGGCUCGUGUACCGACCAGCAUGGAACAGGGAAUUGAAAUUAUUGCCGCCGCAUUGGAGAUGGGCACGCAACAAGUGGUGGAUCAAACCACCGCCAAUGCCAUGGAUUUGUACAAUCUGAAUUGAGUACCCCCCAAAAGAUAAUGAGAAGAAGCAACAAUCAGCAACCAAUCUUGGAUUUAAAGCUUCUUCCGUCAAUUUAUUGUUUGGUUGGCAUGGCUAGACUGCUAGUUGAAAACCAACUGGACUGGACUGGACUCUUCACUUGGAAUUUUAGCAAGUGGCAUAUUUUUUCUGGUUGACAGUGGCAUAUUUUCCCUUGUUGAUGCCAUUUUCUCAACCCACAGCACAAAAUGUAUUUGACCUUCCUACAAAGCACAAUUUUUCUCUUUCGUGCAAAAGCGUUACAGAACCAAAGUCUGCAAUUGAUGCAACCGACCUGCUAAAAGAGGAGCAAAAACUCCAUGUUGCCUUUUUUGCCAUGAUCCUUUUUCACUUGGAUUUGCUCAAAAGAUCCAUGGCUUUCACAAAUUAUGACGACCAGGUGGAAUUUUCUGAUGCAAUUAGACUACUCCAAGAGAAAAUCAUCUGACUGCCAAAAGCAAAUAUUUUUAAUCUAUCGUCCGAUACGAUACAUAU